UCCAGCCAUGGCAGCCGGCACAGAGACCGUGCACUACAUCCACCUCCACAACUCCAGCCAGUCGGUGCUGGAGGCGCUGCGCACGCAGCGGCGUGAAGGCCUCUUCUGCGACGUGACCGUGAGGAUCCACGACGCCUCGCUGCGUGCACACGCCUGCGUCCUGGCGGCCGGCAGCCCCUUCUUCCAGGACAAGCUGCUGCUGGGUCACUCUGAAAUCUCCGUGCCGCCGCUGGUUCCCGCCGAAACCGUGAAGCAGCUGGUGGAUUUCAUGUACAGCGGCUCGCUGGUGGUGCUGCAGUCGCAGGCCCUCUGCAUCCUCACCGCCGCCAGCAUCCUGCAGAUCAAGACGGUCAUCGACGAGUGCACCCAGAUCAUCUCUCAGAGGAAGGCGGCCGCAGGGGCGGCGGCGGCGGCUGCUGCUGCGGCGGCGGCGGCUGCAGGAAGUGCCAUGCUGGGAGGAGUCCUCCCGAAGCAGGAAGAGCGUGGCGGGGGCAAAGGGCGAGAGAGCGGUGGCGGCGGGAGCUGCUCUGUUGGUGGAGCAGGUGGGGGUUAUGCAAACUUCUCCAGCUUCAUGGCUGAAUGUGGGGCUAGCAACAUGGGUGCUGGGUUAGGGGGGGGCGGCGUUGGUGUCGGCGAGAGCGGCCAAGGCCAGAUGGAGCAGGCCAACACCGUGAGUCUGAUGGCGCUGGGCGACUUGGGCCCCGGCUCCAUGUGCGGGGACGGGAUGGGCUCCGGGGCCGGCGGCAUCCUCAUGAAGCAGAGCUCCAGCUGCACUCAGGACGUCAGGUACAAGCUCCGGGACCUGCUGGCACAGACGGCCAACGGAGCCAACGCCGGCAGCACGGGGAACCUGUCGGCGGGCUGCAGCUCCGGCGUGGCCAGCGUGGACAGCAUCGGCAGGGACAGUCUCCGCGGCAACACAACCGACCUCUCGGAUGACCUGGUGGGGAUGGACCGGUACAGCGAGGAGGAGGACUUGGACGGGAGAGAGCGGGGGAGAGAUGGAGACCGAGACAGGGGGGCGAGCCACAGCCGCAAGCAGAGGCAGCCGCUAAGACUCCAGGUGCUGGGAGGCGAGGGAGUGGUGGUGAAGGACGAAGGGGUUCAGGACACGGACGGGACCGUCUAUGCCUUGGAGGAAGGGAGACGGGUCGGAGAGCAUGAGGGCUCCCAGGAAUCCAUGGCAGGAUUUGGACAGGAUUUCUACGAUGAGCAGGCGGUGUUCUCUGAGAGUUUCUGGCCCCAGAGCGAGCCUCCUCGGGCCAUGGCCUUCAACCCGAGAGGAAGGGUCAACAAGCCCCUGACUCCUCCCCCAACCACCCAGUCCAUCAACAACCAGCUUCUGUUCCAGUACCCGGUGAGCCAGUCGCAGCCCCCGCCCUUCUACGUGGGUGGGCCCAUGGGCGGGAUUGACAGCAUGGCGGGGACUGAGCCCAGUCAGCCGGCUCCGCCCCCGGCGCCGAUGACCCCGGCCCCACCUCCCUCCAACUGCUCUGCAGGCCCCUCCCCUUCCUCCCAGGGAUCUGAGACCUCGUUCGACUGCACGCACUGUGGCAAAUCUUUACGUUCCAGGAAGAACUACAGCAAGCACAUGUUCAUCCACUCUGGCCAGAAACCUCACCAGUGCUCCAUCUGCUGGCGCUCCUUCUCCCUGCGCGACUACCUCCUCAAACACAUGGUGGUGCACACCGGCGUCAGGGCCUUCCAGUGCUCCAUGUGCGGCAAGCGCUUCACCCAGAAGAGCUCGCUCAACGUGCACAUGCGCACGCACCGUGCCGAGCGCACCUUCCAGUGCAACGUGUGCCACCGGGCCUUCACGCACCGCACCCUGCUGGAGCGCCACGCCCUGCAGCACGCCCACCACACCCCCCAGGGCCAGGGCCAGGGGCGUGGAGCCGACAUGACCUCACCUACCAAGCACAGCCCUCCGGCUCUGGGGGGGCCCUCAGGUAUGGCUGGCCCGGCUGGCAUGGUCGGCAGCAUGUCCAACAUGCCCGGCCACGGAGCUUCCUCCACCUAG